AUGCAUUUACCAGACAAUCAGCCGCAGGAGGACCAUGACGAUGACCGUAGGGCUCGAGAAUUGUUCAACUAUUUUCAACCUGAUAAUCCAGCCCUCCUCCCAACAUGUGUUCCAAAAUAUGGUCAACCACAAAUCAAAGCAAGCCCUAACCUGGUUCUUACCUCCCUGACCCAGCUCGCGGCGGUGAAGUUAGGAGUGCAGCGCGCAAUUAUUAGCUUGAUCGGCCGGGAAACACUGUAUGUGGUCGCCGAAGCAACGCGAUCUUUGAAUUUAGGUGACAACAGCGUCUGCGAGAAUGACGGUGAUCGUCUGUGGGUGGGUUGUUCGAAUGGUCCUCUCGCGGGCACUUUGUGUGAGGAAACCAUUACACUGCAGCCGACCCCGGAAGAGAGACAUCGUUUCUUUAUUGUUAAGGAUUUGAAAGAACAUCCAACCUAUUGCAAGAUCCCCUGCGUGGCCGGUGCUCCAUACUUUCGAUACUACGCUGGGACUCCUUUGACAGCUGCUAGUGGCAUCAAUAUUGGCAGCCUUUAUGUUAUCGACCCGCGGCCAAAUAUAUGCCUAAGCGAGUUUCAUAAGGAGACACUCAGUGUCAUUGGGGAUGCGGUCAUGGAAUAUUUGGAGACAUAUCGUCAAUCGCUAGAGAGUGGUCGUUUGGAAAACCUGCUUACCGGCCUCAAUUCCUUCGUUCAAGGCCAGGACAGCGCCGACCCUAAAAAUGAACCCCUUUCGAGAACCCCAAGCUCAUCGGAGCUAGAUCAGUCACGCACACCGAGCCCCCUCACAAUACCGACCGACGGACGAGACAGCGACAAAACGAAGCUGAUUAAUAGAUCAGCAAAAGUUCAAGCAAAACUGGAAGUCAAACCCAGACUUACUCCAAACUAUACAUUGUCUACAGGGAGCUAUCAGAAAACAUCACCUGAACAGUCAAGCCUUUUGAUUGAUCACCCGACAACCAAGAAUGGAAUACUGUUUCAACGCGCAGCCCAAAUCAUGCGAAGGAGCCUUGACCUUGGAGAAGAUGGAGGUGUCGUAAUAUUCGACAGCAAUGCCGCUCCUGGGUCAGAUCCCGAUGAAGAAUCAACAGAGACAUCGUCUGCCUCUGUCCCGCUUGCUAAAAUUUGUGCAAUCUCGAGAGAACAAAGUAACACUACCGGCUGCGAGGGUCAGCGGAAUUCCCUACCAAUUUCUCAAAUGGAUCGGAGCUUUUUCAAGCGUAUACUACGCAGGUUUGGUAAAGGUGCCAUUUGGUAUUUUCACCAAGAUGGAACGCUGUUCUCGUCAAAUGAUGAUACAAGUAAAUCGGACAGCGAAGACGACGAUAAUACCUCUUCCCGGAGCCCCAGUAUGUCCCAACCACGACUCCAGCCUGUAUUGCGGGGAAAGGAUCUUCGCGCUCUGAGGAAAUACUUUCCUGGUGCUACUCGGAUUAUAUUUACGCCUUUGUGGGAUUCUUUCAAAUCACAGUGGUUUGGUGGUUGCUUUUGCUGGAGUUCGGCGGAAACUCGCAUUUUCAGUGCCCAUGUCGAGCUAGGUGGUGUUUUUGGAUUCGGCUCUUCAUUGAUGAUGGAGCAUAGUCGAAUGAAAAGCCAGGAAGCAGACAAGAAGAAGGCAGAUUUCAUCAGCAAUAUCUCACAUGAGCUUCGAAGUCCGCUGCACGGCAUCCUAGCUGCAAGUGAAUUUCUUGCCGAACAGAUCGCUUCCGAGUCGCCAAGGUCUCUCCUCGAUACCAUUUGCGCCUGUAGUCAAACCCUCUUGGAUACGUUUGAACAGAUUCUGGAUUUCACAAAGAUCAACUCUUUUCAAAAGAAGCGUCGAGAUCACACUGUUGGCUCGUAUGAGGAUCGAGGUGUGGCAAAGUCGCAUGCAUUGCCUGAGUCUCUACAGAUUCAAACUGUCACCGACAUUGUCGCUGUCAUUGAAGAUGUCGUCGAAAGCAUUGCUUUUGGUGCAACCCAUUACAAAGGCGGACUGUUUGACGAUCCAAAUUCCGUUCCAAGUGAGCACGUUGAUGUUUCCAUUGACGUAGCCCCUGGCGACUGGGUAUACCUCUUAGAGCGAGGAGCGUUGCGGCGUAUAGUCAUGAACAUAUUCAGCAAUGCCCUCAAAUACACUGAGAAGGGAUCAAUAUCGGUCCGUAUCGAGAUUAUAAAGGGGACCAAGGGCCCAGGAAACGCCAAACUUGAGAAUUGCAACACUCUUGCUUUGACAAUUUCGGACACUGGGCGAGGGAUUUCGAACGAAUACCUUCGCUCUGACCUUUUUACCGCUUUUUCACAAGAAGAUCCUUUGGCGCCCGGUACCGGGCUCGGGAUGUCCAUCGUUCAGAGCAUCCUCAAAUACCUUGGCGGUAACAUCAAAAUCAAGAGCCAAAUGGGCAUGGGAACCAUUGCCGAGAUCUCAAUCCCCCUAACGUGCCCUAAAGCCGAACGUGAAAAAGGCCAUAUGAUUACUCAAGAGCCUUCUGUGCAGUCUACGGUAGAUGAACUCCAGUCUCUGAAGCGUGAAAUCAAAGGAAAGACCGUCUCUUUCAUUCCCAUCGAAGUGACUUCACAGAAGGUUCACCCUUCAGUCAGCACAAUCAAAAAAUACUUGACUGAAUGGUAUGGUGUUCAACUUCAAACUUUGACCCUGAAUGCCCCCGCAGAUCUCAUUAUCAUCGAUGAAUCACAAAUAUCGCGCAUACUAUCAACACCAUCAUCCAAACUUCUGCUUCUUUGUCGGAGUGCGCAACCAUCACAAGCUAUCAUCCAGCAUUUGGAACUACUAUGCGGGCGCGUCGAAUGGCUUUGUCUUCCUUGUGGUCCCUAUAAACUAGCGCGCGCCAUCCGACGUUGCCUGCAAGGAAAGCCAGUGCGGCCAUCUCCACAGGCUUUCAGUGAAAAAACCUCAAAUAAUUUACCAGACUUUGACAAUGAGACAAGCAUCCCAACUGUACCCCUCGCGUGUGCAAAGCUGCCCAUCGCAAACCCAGUACAACCCUUCCCCACAACCGAAAAACUCCCCUUGACUUCAACUUCGAACACCACAAACACUACGCAACCUCACUUUCAACCACAAUUGAAAUCACAAUCUGGAAAGGAAAUUACUUCGGCCAAGAAGACGGUUGACACUGAUGCCGCAUCUGAAGGACUUCGCAUUCUUCUGGUUGAAGACAACCCUAUCAACAUGGCACUCCUCCGAAGGCUGGUCAAACAUUGUAAUCCAAGUAUUUGUCAUGCUGCUGCAGACGGCCAAAAAGCCGUUGAGGCAGUCAAGAAAUUGCCUGAAGGGUAUCAUCUCAUAUUCAUGGACAUGUCAAUGCCUGUUAUGGAUGGCUUUGAGGCAACAGAGGCUAUUCGGGCCUUUGAGUCAGAAAACCAAUGCGUAUCGCCGACUAAGAUUAUUGCCUUAACAGGCCUGGGCUCGGAUGAACAUGUGACAACGGCGUAUGCCGCAGGUGUUGAUGUAUUUGUCACGAAACCUGUUUCUAUCAAAGAAAUUGCUCGAUUGAUAGAUGAUGUCGAAAACAAGGCUCCUUGGACAGAGAAAGAGUCGCUGCGAUCGGGUCGACGAGGGUUAACGAUUUUUGAUGAUUAG